UCGGAAGAUUUUCGAGAUGCCAACUGCGAUGAAUCGCCGGACUUGGUAAGACAGCUGGCUCGCAACAUUGAGUUCCUCAAGGUGAAAGGAGAUUUACUGGAUGGAUCUCUUCCUUUGCCAAAAAGGUAUCUGCUGCAGUGAAGAGAUCGUACAGUCUCCCAUCUGUAUAAAGGUAAGUGGCCUUCCUCACCCACAUGCAUAUCAUAUUCGCUUCGAGGAAGCAGAGGCUUCUGUCAGCUGAGAUGGCGAGAUCAAUCCUCUGUUUCUUCUUCUUCUUCCUCUGCCUCCUUGCCCUCCUCCAUCCUUCGUACUCUGGAGCAGUUACCCGAAGAAAGCGGAACGUGCCGGCCAUGUUUGUGUUUGGAGACUCCAUUGUUGACGGUGGAAACAACGUCUUUGUGGAUCCCAACUGCACCACCGAUACCCUGCCGUAUGGAAUAGACUUCCCCACUGGUCCUACCGGAAGGUUCACCAAUGGGAGGAACCCAGCUGACAUCUUGAGCCAGCUCUUGAGGAUUCCUCGUUUCCUUCCUGCUGCCAAGGACCCCAAGACCACCGGCGGGAUGAUCCUCUAUGGAGUCAACUACGCUUCCGGUGGCUCAGGCAUUCUUGAUUAUCCCGGUUCCUUGUUUAUCUCACUGAGCAAGCAAAUCAAGCACUUCCAAACCAUCACGAUCCCUGACUUGAGGACUCAGUUUAACAACAGACAGAAGCUGUCUAGCUAUCUGGCAAAGAGCAUAUUCGUCUUCAACUCUGGAGGCAACGACUGUGCACAAGAGUGUAGCGGAUCUGUUCGGAAGGAAAAGUGCGCAUCCGACGAAUUCCUUGAGAGCCUCUUGGCGAAUUUCACUCACCAACUCAAGAUCGUGUACAAUUUGGGAGCUCGAAAGUUCGUACUUUUCGGAGUUCAAGCAAAUGGUUGCAACCCUCAAAAUAAGGCGACGUUACUGCCCACAGAAAAAUGCAGGGAGGAUAUGAACCACGCUGCAAUAACGUUUAACUCUCUCCUGAGAUCUUCCAUAGACGGGAUGAAGAAAAGUCUACAAGGUUCUAAUUUCGUCUUCGUCAAUACCUAUGGAAUUGUCAGAAACGUAUUUGACAAUCCACAACCUUAUGGAUUCAAGGUGGUGAACCAGAGUUGUUGCACCAUCUCCACUGGAAUGCGAGGUGGAGCAUGCGUGCAGGGCAGCAUGCCUUGCAAGCAUAGGCGCACAUACAUGUAUUAUGAUGGGGCGCACCUCACACAGGCUCUAUACAGGCAUUUAGUGAAGAAGGCGUACACCUCGAAGCUGCGAACGGAAGUAUAUCCUUUCAAUGUUGCAUACCUUGCUGGACUUCCUUGAGAUCCAAACUUUUCCAGAGGCAGCUUGAGCUAGGUGAAGAAGGAAAAGGAAAUGAGAGAGUUGACUCAUCAUGUAAUAAAAGAGUUGUAUGAUUGUACUUGCAUUUAGAUUAGAUCUGAUAAAUAUAUUUAUAUUUGCGGA